GGUGAACGCGAGCUCUCCACUCCUAGAACACUAAACGUGCGUCCCAUCUGUGAUUAUUCUCCUCGUGCAGAUAUCUCUCAGCGAGGCCUCUAAUCUCUCAUUUACUCUCUGCGGCUCUCCGGGGCCGUCUCUACUUCGUUCUUAAUCCUUCUUCUUUAAUCUUUAAAGUAGGGAGACGCCGCAGAGAGAGAGACACACACAGAGGUUUGAUUUAGAGAUCUAGGGUUUUGAAAACCACUCAGAAACAGAGAUUAAAAUGGCAAUUGUAAAGGUUUCUUUUGGAGUAUUAGCCAUCAUUGCUCUCAUCUUCAGCAUUGUUUUACCUUCUGUUCAGGCUGAUUCCAGGGCUCCUGCUCCUGCACCUGCCAGCGACGGGACAUCAAUAGACCAAGGUAUUGCAUACGUGCUAAUGCUGGCAGCUCUGGUGCUCACAUACCUCAUCCACCCCCUGGAUGCCUCAUCCUACAAUUUCUUCUGAUUGUUCA